GCGGCGGGGCCGGUCGCGGGCGCGCGCGCGGCCUGCGGGACAGACGGAGGGAGGGAGCCGGGUUGCCGCUGAGUGCCGCCAUAUUAGCGACCGCGGAGGCCGGGGGAUUCCCGUGAGCUGCGGCGGCGGGGCCUGGCUCAGCGGAGGGGCCUCGAGCGGGCGCGGCGUGUUCCUGGGACCGGCGGGAACCGGCGGGAACCGGCUGGCGACGGGAGCGAGGCAGGCUGCCCUCGGCUGCGGGCCCCGCCCCGCCCGCCAUGGACCAGGACUAUGAGCGCAGACUCCUGCGUCAGAUCAUCAUCCAGAAUGAGAACACAGUGCCAUGUGUCUCAGAGAUGCGGAGGACCCUGACACCAGCCAACUCCCCAGUGUCCUCGCCCAGCAAGCAUGGUGACCGCUUCAUCCCCUCGCGGGCCGGAGCCAACUGGAGCGUGAACUUCCACAGGAUCAAUGAAAACGAGAAGUCCCCCAGCCAGAACCGCAAGGCCAAGGAUGCCACCUCAGACAACGGCAAAGAUGGCCUGGCCUACUCGGCGCUGCUGAAGAACGAGCUGCUGGGCGCCGGCAUUGAGAAGGUGCAGGACCCGCAGACGGAGGAUCGGCGGCUGCAGCCAUCCACGCCUGAGCACAAGGGCCUCUUCACGUAUUCCCUCAGCAGCAAGCGCUCGAGUCCUGAUGACGGCAACGACGUGUCCCCGUACUCCUUGUCCCCUGUUAGCAACAAGAGUCAGAAGCUGCUGCGGUCGCCACGGAAGCCCACGCGCAAGAUCUCCAAGAUUCCCUUCAAGGUGCUGGAUGCGCCGGAGCUUCAGGACGACUUCUACCUCAACCUGGUGGACUGGUCCUCCCUCAACGUGCUCAGUGUGGGCCUGGGUACCUGCGUGUACCUGUGGAGCGCGUGCACCAGCCAGGUGACCCGGCUCUGUGACCUCUCUGUGGAAGGGGACUCGGUGACUUCCGUGGGCUGGUCUGAGCGGGGGAACCUGGUCGCGGUGGGCACACACAAAGGCUUCGUGCAGAUCUGGGACGCGGCUGCUGGGAAGAAGCUGUCGGUGCUGGAGGGCCACACUGCGCGAGUGGGGGCGCUGGCCUGGAAUGCAGACCAGUUGUCAUCUGGCAGCCGUGACCGCAUGAUCCUCCAGCGGGAUAUCCGCACACCGCCCCUGCAGUCAGAGCGGCGGCUCCAGGGCCACCGGCAGGAAGUGUGUGGUCUCAAGUGGUCCACAGACCACCAGCUCCUGGCCUCGGGGGGCAAUGACAACAAGCUGCUCGUCUGGAACCACUCCACGGUGAGCCCUGUGCAGCAGUACACGGAGCACCUGGCGGCCGUGAAGGCCAUCGCCUGGUCCCCACACCAGCAUGGACUGCUGGCGUCUGGCGGUGGCACAGCCGACCGCUGCAUCCGCUUCUGGAACACCCUGACAGGCCAGCCACUCCAGUGCAUCGAUACCGGCUCACAAGUGUGCAAUCUGGCCUGGUCCAAACAUGCCAACGAGCUGGUGAGCACACACGGCUACUCACAGAACCAGAUCCUCGUGUGGAAGUACCCGUCCCUUACGCAGGUGGCCAAGCUCACUGGCCACUCGUACCGGGUCCUCUACUUGGCCAUGUCCCCUGACGGGGAGGCCAUCGUCACCGGGGCUGGAGAUGAAACCUUGCGGUUCUGGAAUGUUUUCAGCAAAACACGCUCUACAAAGGAAUCCGUGUCUGUGCUUAACCUCUUCACCCGGAUCCGAUAGACCCGCGGGCGGGAUGCGCAGCCCCACGGGGCAGAGAUGGAGCAGCCAGCAUGCAUGGGCCCUGCUGUCCCUGCAGUCCUCAGAGGCAUCUGGCGGGCGGGAGCCGGGCCGGAGACCCCAGAGUCUCAUUAAACGCCUCGUUGUGAGCUGUGGAGCCAGUGUCUGGGACGGGCACGGGGACCCUCAGCCACCGGCUGCAUCUCCUUCUUGCUGGCCGUCAGCGCUCAGAUGGACACUUGUGACCUCCCUGUCACCACUGCCCGAGCCAUAUUGGACACAGCUGAGCAGGAAGCCCGAGAUCCCAUCAAUUCCCCAAACCCAGUAUCACCUGGGGACCUGUGGACCAGAGCCAUUGUGCCACCCCCCGCAAACACCCCAGUGUCACCCAAGCCGGAACAUCCUGGGAGGCGCUGGCGGGGGACCUGCGCCUCUCGCCCCGUCGUCCUGAUGCGUUCCACCCCGUGUCUGUGUGCACCUCCUGUGACCCCAUGCCUGUCCGCGUGCCUCUUCCCAGCCAGCUGCCUCGUCUGCCGCGUCCACCUCCUUUUGGCCUUCUGGAAGCUUCCCAGGCCGCCCUGACCUCAGACCCCAUUUCUGCCGCCCCUCCUCACCUGGGGACACUGCAGAUCCCCAGUGUGGUGGCUGGGCCAUGGUGUGUGCACGUGUGUGUAUAUAUGUAUCUGUGACGCCCUGGG